AUGGCAGAAACCACAUCACCCCCUCUAUCUGAGAGUCUUGCGAAGUUAAGCCUGACGCAGCCCUUGCCAAAAUUCCCAAACUGUUACCCAGAGUUCAACCCAGUCGACAUUUAUCGAGCACACCUUACCUCGAUUUUGGCAGACGUUACUGGCGUCGACUCGAAAAUUAUAUAUCCCGCUUUACAAUGGACACAAACGCUGGAGAAGGGCGACUUGGUACUUCCCGUGGCCGCGCUGCGAGUUAAAGGCAAGAAGCCGAACGAACUGGCUGUCGAGUGGGCUGAGAAGUUUCCUGAGUCUCCAAUAGUCGAAAAGCCCUCCGCCGCCGGCACUUUCCUGCAGUUCUUUUUCAAAGUGGACAAGCUCGCACAACUCCUAAUACCAUCUAUUCUGCAACGGGGCAAGGACUUUGGACUAAAUCCUGCACUUGGCUUGAAGGACCCGGAGGACCCCUCGAAAGGCCCCAAGCGAAUGAUUGUAGAAUUCUCGUCUCCGAAUAUCGCGAAACCCUUCCAUGCUGGCCAUUUGCGAAGCACAAUUAUCGGUGGUUUUCUAUCCAACCUGUACAAGGGUGCCGGCUGGGAUGUAGUAAAUAUUAACUAUCUGGGCGAUUUUGGAAAGCAAUAUGGGUUGCUAGCUUUAGGAUUUGGAAAGUACGGUAGUGAGGAGGCGCUCCUGGCCGAUCCCAUUAACCACCUUUACGAGAUCUAUGUCAAGAUCAACGUGGAUCUAAAAGCCGAAAAGGACGAGAUCAAGAAGCUGGAGGAGGAAGGAAAGGAUGCGUCGGAACUCAAGAAUGAAGGGCUUGACGAGCAAGCCCGUCGGUACUUCAAAGCUAUGACCGAUAACGAUGAGAAGGCGAUUGCACUGUGGUCGCGCUUCAGAGAACUCAGCAUCAAGCGAUACAAGGAGACGUACGCCAGGUUAAACAUCCAUUUCGACGACUACUCCGGAGAAAGCCAAGUCAAGCAAGAGAACAUGGAUGCGGCAGCGAAGAAAAUGGAAGAGAUGGGGAUUUCCGAGGUAUCGGAAGGGGCCGUAAUCAUCGACUUCACAAAGCACGUACAAGGGAAAGCAGGCAAGUCUCUAGAACGACCUAUCAUCAAAAAGAAAGACGGCACCGCACUUUAUCUCACCCGAGAUAUCAGCGAGAUGUUGCAACGACAAGAGAAAUACAACUUUGAUCACAUGAUCUACGUCGUGGCAUCACAACAAGAUCUACAUCUUAAACAACUGUUCAAAAUCAUAGAAUUGAUGGAGUACCAUGACCUUGCCAAGAAAGUCCAGCAUAUCAACUUCGGUCUCGUUCUAGGAAUGAGCACCCGAAAGGGCACAGCUAAGUUCCUGGACGAUAUCUUGCGGGAUGUGGCGGAGAAGAUGCAUGAGGUGAUGCAGAAGAAUGAAGCCAAGUAUAAACAAGUUGAGAAUCCUCUGGCUGUGGCGGAUAUCCUUGGUAUCAGCAGUGUUAUGGUCCAAGAUAUGAGCGGAAAGCGAAUCAACAACUACGAAUUCAACAUGGACGCCAUGACCUCCUUCGAAGGCGACACAGGACCAUAUCUCCAAUACGCCCACGCCCGUCUCUGCAGCAUUGCUCGCCGAGCAGACAUCCCCACCUCCGAACUCCUUACCGCAGACCUCUCGCUCCUGACCGAGCCGCACGCCAUAAAUCUCAUCCGUGUGAUCUCCCAAUAUCCCGACGUUGUCCAAAACACCCUCAAGACCCUCGAGCCCGCGACGGUGAUUACGUAUCUGUUCAAGAUGACUCAUACACUGAGCAGCAGCUACGACCACUUGCGGAUCGUGGGCAGCGAGAAGGAGCUGAUGAAGGCGCGGAUGGCGCUUUAUGAUGCGGCGCGGGUCGUGUUGAAUAAUGGGAUGAGGUUGCUUGGGUUGAGUCCUGUUGAGAGAAUGUGA